CUUCUAAAACUGUUUAUAAUUUUUUAAAGUCCUAUAAAAUUUCCCUAAUUUAAAAAUACUAUAUAUAAAAUUGGCCAAUCCUUCUCAAUUACAGCAAAUGAACAGCAUAAAAAUCUGGGAAGUGUUUAAUAUUACAGUCCAGAAAGGGUUACAUGGCAUUCUGAUGCGUCACUUCCUCUGUGUUUCUGGCUUCUUUGACUUGCAAGUGAGAGGGUCAGAUCUGAUCAUGAAGCGGCAAAUAUUCUUGUAUCUCAUCGUCUUUUGCAUUCUUCUGAUUUGCUCCCAAACGUAUGGGAGUGAAAGUCUAGGAAGAGGCUUUGGAGAUCACAUUCAUUGGAGAACACUGGAUGAUGGAAAAAAAGAAGCAGAAGCCAGUGGCUUACCAUUGAUGUUGAUUAUACACAAAAGCUGGUGUGGUGCAUGUAAAGCGCUGAAACCAAAGUUUGCUGAUUCUAAGGAAAUCUCAGAAAUGGCUCAUAACUUUGUCAUGGUGAAUAUAGAGGAUGAGGAGGAGCCAAGUGAUUCAGUCUUUAGGCCAGAUGGAGACUACAUACCUAGGAUCCUAUUCUUGGAUCCCAGUGGUGAAGUUCAUCCAGAGAUCAUUAAUCAAAAUGGAAAUCCCAAAUACAAAUAUUUCUACAGUUCUGCUGACCAAGUGGUGCUUGCCAUGAAAGAAGCCCAAGAAAAGCUGACUGGUGAUAUAGCUACAAAACAUCGAUAUUCAGAUGAAUUUUAAAUUGACUAAACACUAGCAUCUUAUAUUUUUGACGAGAGUGCUUCAGAGCCUUGUCUGAAGCCAUUUGCUGAUUCACUCUGUAUUGUUUCACUGUUAAAUUUUGUGUAUUAACUAAUUUUUUUUUAACUUCCUGAAUAAAUCCAGAAAUAUAUCAUAAAGCACUGUCAUCUUUGGGAAAUCACAUCUGCAUUGUUAUUGGAUGGCUUACUAAUGUUAAAUAAAUUGCAUUAUUUUAAAAGGCA